AUGGACAUAUUUCAGCAAAUGAAACAGAAAGCUUCGCAAGACUUUUCGGACUUCAAACAGGUUGCAGAUCAAAUCGGCAGUAUAUUUCAAGAUUCCUUAGACUUCUCCAGAGCAAUCGCAAUAUCAAUUCGUUCUCCGAAUUUGAAUCGUAAUGAAGCAAUGAAACGCAAAACAGCCUCGUAUGACGAAUACUAUUCCAAGCAAUCAAAUAGGAGAGCAGAAGCACUUAGACAAAAAGAAGAAAACUUUCCACGUUUAAUUAAUAAAUUCGACAGGCUUAGGCUCAAUUUGACGCCAAAACAGAUAAUAGAACGAAGCGACCCACAGUCACCACAGCUCUACCACAGAACAGUAAACAACCCAAAUUUUACGACAGACAAUAUUGAUAUUAGUGAAAAGACAUUUGGACGUCGAUUGCUUACGUCAAUUGAUUCAGAUGACUCUGGCUUCGAAGAAAACUCUAUGUUUGAGGAGUAUUUAUUUCCGAAACAUAGAGAUUCUAUAGCCGACGUCGACCUGGGAACCGAUCAAGUUCAAAUUACCAUCAACCAUGAACAUAAAAACAAUUUACUCUGUGUAUCUCUCCAUCGAGCAAGGUUAACUUUCCCCAAGCAUGGGCGAAUUUUUACUAAAUUGUGUAUCCUACCUAACAAACUUCAGAAAAGGAGGGGAAAACUUAUCGCUAUAGCAAAUACUAAGAAAUGGGAAGAAGAUUUUGUGUUCACUAAAUUAUCCAUAGGCGAAUUAGAAACGUGUUCUAUCCAAAUCAGAAUUUAUGAAGAAAAAGGUUUCAUGAAGAGACCGCUUUUAAAAUAUGAAACGGUGGUUGCUUUCAAAGAUGUGGACCUUACCAACUUCCAAACUACUAUUUUACCUUUAAAAACAAUGACAAACCAGCUAUCGUCACUCUCCCGGCAACACCAAAGCCAUUACGUUGUUCAUAACCUUGGUGACAAUUGA